AUGAACAUCACUAAUUCUACCCCCGCUGGAAUACGGGUUAAUAUCAUAACACUUGCCUUCACCCUCGUUUCAAGUUUGGUUGUUUUUUUACGUCUCUUCACACGCCUAGUAAUAUCAAAAAUGGCUGGAUGGGAAGAUGCUUUUAUUGUACUGGCCAUGGUCUUUUCCGUAGGACUUACGGUGCUAACCACCGAACAAGUAAUGAAUGGGUUGGGAAAGCAUAGCUCGAAACUCUCGAAAACUGAGCUGGAUAUACUGCUAAAGUCGUUCUGGGCGAGUGUCUGGGUUUAUAGCCUCACCCUUACUACAAUCAAGGUCUCCAUCCUUGUCCAAUAUUUCCGCAUUUUUCCCGUGCGUGGCUUCCGGAUAGCCUGUGUCGUUGUCUUGGGCCUGGUAAUCGCAUAUGGAGCCUGGGCAGUUUCCUCGAGCGUACUCAUUUGCACUCCGAUCGCUUUCUCGUGGGAUAAGUCGAUACCAGGCGGUAGGUGCAUGAACCAACUCACAGUGUGGAUUACCAAUGCCGCCUUGAACAUCACGUUGGAUGUGGUAAUAUUUCUUAUGCCGUUAUUAGUCAUACGAGGGCUAUCAAUCUCGAAAUCACAAAAACGGGGGCUAGGGACUAUGUUCAUCUUGGGUGCUAGCGUCACCUUGGUAUCCAUUGUUAGGCUCUAUUCAUUGGACGCCGUUGCCAACUCAACAGACGUGUCGUUUGACAACACGGAUCAUGCAACUCUGUCGGCAGUCGAGGUCAACGUAGGCAUCGUGUGUGCUUGCUUACCAGCUAUGCGGCCGUUGUUCGCCCUUGUUUUGCCCCAAUACUUUUCAGAGUCGCCCAGAUAUUUGAAGUAUAGAACCUUCAAAAUAGAUAUAGCGGCGGAACGAAGAAAGUACCCAGAGUAUACCACUCGUCCUCCCACUGCCUAUAUCACAAGGCCUAGCACCGCCCAAACUAGGCCCGCCACUGCACAUAUCACAAGGCCUAGCACCGCCCAAACUAGGCCCGCCACUGCACAAAUAAGACCCAACACCGCA